AUGUCCACUGCUUCGCCCACGUCUGCCUUCCUCCAGACGCCACCGAAGACCAGCCUGUUGUCCAAUGGCCACGAUGACUCGUCCGAGACCGAGGCCACCCCUUCACCGGGCACCUCCGCCCUCAACCGGCGGCCAUCUGAGAUCCUUGCCCAUGGGUCCGAGGUGGAAAAGAUGGCAAUGGCCAAGUCUGGCUACCCUGGGUUUUUCGAUGACGAGCGGGUGCCGACGAUUGUGGUGGACAACUUUCCGGACCUGGGCAAGGUGACUGCGCUGCGGUUUAUCGAGUGGGCGCAGGCGAACCCAGGCGGAGUGGUCUCGCUCCCGACAGGCAAGACACCCGAGUACUUUAUCAAGUGGGUGACGCGGAUCCUCAACGGGUGGGGCGAGCCUGCGGUCGUGGAAGUGCUGAGCGAGUACGGGCUCGAGUACGGGCCCGAGGCCAAGCCCGACAUCGGGUCGCUCAUUUUCGUGCAGAUCGACGAGUUCUUCCCCAUCAACCCGCGGCAGUCCAACUCGUUUUACUCGUACGUGGACUUGCUGUACCUUCGCGGGAUGGGGUUUGAUCCCGAAAAGGCGCUACUGAUCGACGGGUCGACGAUUUGCGACAUGUCUGUGUUUGAUGCGACCGAGGGCGUGGACCUCUCGCUCCGGUUCCGUGCGCCAUGCAACGAGCAAGAGCGGCGGCAGCGAGACGAGAUCAUCAAGGUUGACGAGUGGUGCAACGCGCACGAGGCACGGAUUCGGGCGCUGGGUGGCAUCGGGUUCUUCCUCGGCGGCAUCGGGCCGGACGGACACAUUGCGUUCAACUGCUCCGGCGCUGACCACUUUUCGACGACGCGGCUCUCACCGAUCAACUACGAGACACAGGCCGCGGCGGCGGGCGACCUGGGCGGCAUCGAGGUGUCGUCGAAGCGGCUUGUAAUCACCAUUGGGCUAGGCACCAUCACGUACAAUCCCGAGUGCGUGGCGAUCAUCAUUGCGGCGGGCGAGUCCAAGUCGUCGAUUGUGGCCAAGUCGUUGACCCAGGCCGCAACAGUGGCGCUGCCGGCGACGGUCCUGCACUCGCUCGACUCUGCGCGGUUCUACAUCACCGAGGGCGCGGCCAAGCAGCUUGCCAAGCGCGAGCUGUACCGGCUUGCGAGCGCCGAGACGAUCACCAUGGAGAAUGUGGUCGAGGUUCUUGUGGACCUCUGCGUCUCGGUCCACAAGGAGCUUGUGCAGCUGACGCCGUCGGACGUUGCAGCCUCGCCGCGGGCUGCGCUUGUGCUCACCCGGUUUGCGCAGCAGAAGGACAUGUCUGUGGACGCGCUCCUUCCUCGCGUUGCGCAGCAGGUCUUUGACCUACUCGUUUCGCGCAUCGAGGCCGGGUGCCGGACGUACGACUCGACGCGAUUCCUCCACACCGAGCCGCACCACGACGACGUCAUGCUCGGGUACAUGGCCGGGGUGAUGCGGCAGACGUCGAACCCGACCAACUCGCACAAAUUUGCUUGCAUGACCUCGGGCUUCAACUCGGUGACCAACAAGUUUAUGGUGGAGCAGCUGGGCAUUGCCGAGCGGUUUAUCCAUACCAAGGAGUUUGCCAAGCUGGCGGCGGAGCGGUCUUACUUUGAUCCUGCGUCCGAGGACGGGCGCAACCGCGACGUGUGGCAGUACCUCGACGGGGUGGCAGCCAAGUCGGAGCCGAUGAAGGAGCAGGGCAUCGCGCGGCGGCUCAUCCGCAACCUCAUCGAGAUUUACUCGGACACGCCUGAUGUGGCCUCGCUCUCGACGCGCAUCUCGGUCCUGCUCAACUACUUUUCGACGCAGUACGAUGGCCAGCGCAACACGCCGGACGUCCAGAUGCUCAAGGGCAAGUGCCGCGAGUGGGAGGCCGACUGCGUGUGGGCCUGGCUGGGGUGGGAGACCCGCGACGUCUUCCACGCGCGGCUCCAGUUCUACACCGCCAACCUGUUUGACGAGGAGCCCGAGGUUACCCGCGACGUCCUGCCCAUUCUCGAUUACCUCAAGGAGUAUGAGCCCGAUGUGGUGACGAUGGCACUCGAUCCGGAAAAUGCGCAGGAUACCCACUACAAGGUGCUGCAGGCGCUGACCACGGCGCUCAGGCUGUACAAGGAGGCGCGCCCGGCAGCCCAGGUCUCGUGCAUCGGCUACCGCAACGUGUGGUACCGGUUCCAUCCCUCGUUCUCCAACAUGUACAUCCCAGUCACGCUCAUGGACUUUGCCAUUCUCGAGUCGUCGUUCCUCAACUCGUACGGCUCGCAGCGCGACGCCUCGUUUCCGUCGUACGAGCAUGACGGUCCGUUCUCUGACCUCACCCAGCAGAUCCAGCAGGACCAGUACUUUAUCCUCAAGACCUGCCUCGGCCGUGACUGGUUCCAGAAGCACCCGGAGCCGCUCAUCCGCGCCACCCGCGGCUUUGUCUUCCUCAAGGAGAUGUCGCUUGACGAGUUCUACGCCCAGUCGCGCGCCCUCAAGUCGGCGACCGAGAAGGGCCCGGCCGCGGCGUCGGCCUCUGGCGCAAUUGUCGGCGAUGACGCCGAGGCCCUUACCCCGCGCAAGGCCUCGUCGCACAACUCGCUGGAUCUCUCGCACAGGCUGUAAGUAAAGUAAAGUGUGUGGA